UUUCAGCCUCUCGAAAGAGUGCAGAGUUAUUUUCAUAAUUAUUAGAAAUAUUGUGAAACAGAAGGUUAACGUAAUGGAGUGUUUGAAUGUUCCAAGAAUCCUGCCAAAUUCCCCACGGAAAGCAAUAGGACAGAUCCAGGUCAUCUUUGGCCCAAUGUUCUCAGGCAAAAGCACUGAGUUGAUAAGGCGAGUGCGUCGUUUCCAGAUCGCCCAGUACAACUGUUUGGUGGUCAAAUAUGCCAAAGAUACACGCUACUCUGAGAAGGGCAUGGCCACGCACGACAAAAACACAAUGGAAGCUGUACCAGCCAACUGCCUGAGCGACGUGCGUUCUCUAGCUCUGCAGGCGUGCGUCAUCGGAAUCGACGAAGGGCAGUUUUUCCCAGACAUAGUGCAGUUCUGUGAGGAGAUGGCCAACAUGGGGAAGACUAUAAUCGUAGCGGCCCUGGACGGAACCUUCCAGAGAAAGCCCUUUGGAGACAUCCUGAACCUGGUUCCCCUGGCUGAGAGCGUUGUGAAGCUGAACGCUGUCUGUAUGCAGUGUUACAAGGAGGCAGCAUACACCAAGAGACUGGGGGCAGAGAAAGAGUUGGAGGUGAUUGGUGGAGCCGAUAUGUACCAUGCGCGGUGCAGGAAGUGUUACGGUGGCCUGAUGGAUGUGUUGAAGGAGAAUAGCGCCCCCCACAGGGACGAGACGCCACCGCAUGUGAUGACAGGGAAACUGCUUGACAACACUACAUCGCCACGGAAACUCUUCGCCACCCUGCAACUCUGAUCAUUACCAUUAGACUAUUCUUAAAGGGAUAGUUCACUCACAUGACUUUAAAGGGGAAGUUGACUUGGAUUGGAACUGAAUGAGAUGGUGAACAAUCCCUUUUAAUUUUAGGUUUGGUAAUUGGACUGGGGAUGAGUUAAAAGGAUAGUUGACUUCAUUUUCUAAUUGGAGUAAUGAACUAUCCCUUUUAAGUUUUGCACUUUGAAUGAGCUUGGACAAUAAAUGAAGCUCCGUCAACCCACUGA